CGCCACCAACCAACGACUACCAUGAAGCUUCUCUCCAUCUUCCUCGCGGCCGCGGUUGCCUAUGCCGCCAAGUCGUGCGACAACAAGACAGACCCCCCAGCGCCGACGAGCCUCUCGCCGACGAUGACCCCUGCCCCGACGACGUACACUCACGCGCCGACGGCUGGCCCCACGGUCGCCCCCACGAAGGCCCCGACGUCGGCCCCUACAUCGGCCCCCACGGCGGCCCCCCAGCCAGGCAACGGCUCGCCGAUUCUCAUCAACUUGGCCGUGCCCGACCACGUCGGCGUCGACUGCCCCGGUAUCCAGUCGCGUCAUCCUGCCGGCACGCUCUUCUGUGGCUCGCCCAAGCCGCCGGGGGCCAACGUCUACGAGCCGUCGUGCGACAAGUCGAUGACGAUCUCGUACAAGGGCAAGAGCGUCACGUGUGUGAUUUCGUUCCAGGCUUCGGGCGUCGGUCUCACCACGGACGCGUAUGUCGAGAUUGUCCCCGAGGCGUACAAGGUCUUGACGGGCGAGACGUAUGGCGGCCAGCUCUUCGGCGGCACCUGCACCGGUGUCUGCAACGUCGCCCGCUCGUAAGCACACUUUAUCAACUGUCUCGUCGUUUUUGUACAUUAAUUCAAUCUCCUUUUGCACCA